UUUAUGGGAGGAACCUCAUCUAUGCUGUGGCAACGCAACCUGGUCGUCGUUUUUGUAAGCAGGGAUUAACAAAUUGAGCCAACUUUUCGAGACGUUCAUGGUACAACGCAAGUAGCAAAAAACACCCUUUCAGGAGAUGGCGUUGUGGGCGCAGACACAGCAGCUGCAGGGGGAGGCCCUGCACCAGAUGCAGUCUCUCUACGGACAACACUUCCCCAUCGAGGUCCGCCACUACCUGGCACAGUGGAUCGAGGCACAGCCCUGGGAUGCGGUUGACCAUGAGAACACGCAGGAGGAGUUCAAGGCCAAGCGUCUGCUGGAGAGCCUGCUGCAGGAGCUGCAGAAGAGGGCCGAGCGCAUGGUGGGGGAGGACGGCUUCCUGCUCAAGAUCAAGCUGGGCCACUACGCCACGCAACUACAGAACGCGUAUGACCGGUGUCCCUUGGAGUUGGUGAGAUGCAUCAAACAUAUUCUCUGCACAGAGGAGAGGCUGGUGCAAGCUGCUAAUAAUGUGAGCUCCAGCAGGGGAGGGAUGAUAGACGGCACAUCCCAGAGGUACCAGCAGAUCAACCAGGCGUUUGAGGAGCUGCGCGUCAUGACCCAGGACACGGAGAACGAGCUCCGCAAGCUACAGCAUAGCCAGGAAUACUUUAUCAUCCAGUACCAGGAGAGCCUGCGGAUACAAGCCCAGUUGAGCAGCCUGGCGAGUCUGCCUGCAGCGGAGCGAGUGCAGAGGGAGACGACCCUACAGAGCAAACGCACCACGCUGGACGCCUGGCUCACACGGGAGGCCAACACGCUGCAGAAACUUAGACAGGACUUGGCUGAGAAGCAGCAGACCUCUCUGGCGUUGCUGCGUAAGCAACAGGCGGUGAUCCUGGACGACGAGCUGAUCCAGUGGAAGAGGAGGCAGCAGCUGGCAGGCAACGGGGGACCAGCGGAGGGAGGGCUGGACACACUGCAGUCAUGGUGUGAAAAGUUAGCGGACACUAUCUGGCAGAACCGUCAGCAGAUCCGGCGGGUGGAACACCUGACCCAGCAGCUUCCCAUCCCCGGCCCAACAGAGGAACUGCUCAAGGAGCUCAACGCCACCAUCACCGACAUCAUAUCCGCCCUCGUCACCAGCACCUUCAUCAUUGAGAAGCAGCCACCGCAGGUCCUGAAGACCCAGACCAAGUUCGCUGCCACGGUGCGGCUACUGGUGGGGGGCAAGCUCAACGUGCACAUGAACCCCCCGCAGGUCAAAGCCACCAUCAUCAACGAGCAGCAGGCCAAGGCCCUGCUCAAGAACGAGAGCAGCCGCAAUGACAGCAGUGGGGAGAUCCUGAAUAAUAACUGUGUGAUGGAGUACCACCAGACCACUGGCACGCUCAGCGCUCACUUCAGGAAUAUGUCUCUGAAGCGCAUCAAGAGGUCGGACAGGCGUGGAACAGAGUCUGUGACGGAAGAGAAGUUCACUAUUCUCUUCGAGUCGCAGUUCAGCGUAGGGGGAAAUGAACUCGUCUUUCAUGUGAAGACUUUGUCCUUGCCCGUGGUGGUGAUUGUUCACGGAAGUCAAGACAACAACGCCACUGCUACCGUGCUUUGGGACAAUGCUUUCUCUGAACCCGGGCGCGUGCCGUUCCUGGUGCCUGACAAGGUGAUGUGGCCGCAGCUGUGCGAGGCGCUGGACAUGAAGUACAAGGCGGAGAUGCAGAGCAACCGCGGGCUGACGGAGGAGAAUCUGGUCUUCCUGGCCCAGAAGGCCUUCAGCAGCGCCAGCGUCAACGCAGAAGACUACCGCAACAUGACCAUGACCUGGAGCCAGUUCAACCGGGAGAGUUUACAAGGCCGGAACUUCACCUUCUGGCAGUGGUUCGAUGGAGUCAUAGAGCUGAUGAAGAAACACUUGAAGGCCCACUGGAAUGACGGUGCGAUCCUGGGCUUUGUGAAUAAGCAGCAGGCCCAGGACAUGCUGCUGUCCAAGCCCAACGGCACAUUCCUCCUGCGCUUCAGCGACUCGGAGAUCGGAGGCAUCACCAUCGCCUGGGUGGCAGAGAACCCCAACAAGGCUGGUGAGCGGAUGGUGUGGAAUCUGCUGCCCUUCACCACUAAGGACUUCUCCAUCCGCUCGCUGGCCGACCGCAUCAGCGACCUCAACCACCUGCUCUAUCUCUACCCGAACCAGCCCAAAGACGAGGUCUUCUCCCGAUACUGCACACCGCCCCUGUCUAAAGGAGUUGAUGGCUACGUCAAACCAGAGAUCAAGCAGGUGGUGAAAGUCGAGUUCUCGACCCCCAACCCUGACCCGUCUCCAGGCACGCCCUCCUUCAUGGAUCACGCGGCCUCCCCCACCAUCAGCCAGCCCCAGGGUUUCAGUCUCUACCCAACCGUCGGUGACUCUGUGCUGGAUGGGGACGGGGACUUUGACCUGGAGGAGUCGAUGGACAUGGCGCGGCAGGUGGAGGAGUUCCUGAGGCAGCCCAUGGAGACACGCUGGGGGGGGCAGCAGUCCUGACCACACACCACCCCCCCAUAACCCCACACACCGGAUCCUGGAGAACACCUCUACUACACCCAUGUGACACACACACACACACACACAUACACACACGCACACACCCAUACACAACCCCACAAACCGGAUCCUGGAGAACACCUCUACUACACCCAUGUGACACACUCAUACACACACACAGGCUCCAAGUCAUUUCAGUUUCUCCCAUCCUCUGGCCUCUGUGGAGAAUGGUUUCUUUCACCUAUUCAAACACCCAGAUUAUGGUUGAGAGGAUGACAUCUGAAUUGUGUAUUGUGCAAGAUAUUGAAUCAAACUUUUGAUCGUCACCGAUGUACAGUCUUGCGUCACAAGGCCAGAGGCUGGGGGAACUAGAAUGACCUCCCGUCACACUCAUGGCGCCCUCAUGAUUGCCCAAAACUGGGGUGCAUUUCUCAAAACCAAAGUUGCUUACUACAUUAGCUACUUUGUUGUUUUCAAUGCAUUUUCCCAUUGGCAACUACCGAAGUCGCUAACAGGCUAACAACUUCUCUUUUGAGAAAUGCACCCCUGAGCAGUAUACUAAGAAGAAGGGGUGUAAAUCACAGCCUCCUUGACGAUAUGAUUUGAUAUUGAUAUCUUAAGCAUGGAUUAUUUUCUCUACUUAAUAAUUCCCCACGAUACGAUGCGAUUAGAUUAAAUCGUCAGUCGUAGGAUCGAUGCAUUUAUGAUUUACACCCCUACUAAGAAGCUGGAUCAGUUGUCAACCAGGUUAAGGUAGCCUUGUGGUUGAGGUAAAUCAUCUAAUAGAAGAGUCCUGAGUCUUAACUAAAAAGCCAUUGGCAGGUUUACCACUUCCUGUAGGUUCAUUAAGCCUGGUUAUCAGUUAACCAUGUUCUUAGUAUAUGCCCCCCAGAUCUGUGCAGAUCGCAUGGACCGCUGCUGAGCACCAAUGAUCUCUACAAUAGCCGUCUGUGUGAUAAUGGUGGAGUGAAUCGUGUAGAGAUCGUCACAGCUGCUGCAGCUGUUGUUGCAAAUCUGUUCCCUCACAAACACACACACAGACACACACACACACACACACACACCAAGUCAAAUUUUCUCCGUCCUAGUCUUAAUGCCGCCCUGUUAAACCUCCCAGGGUCUGGCUGACUGCAGCCUAGCUCUGGCCAGUCCCGUACAUAUCACACUUAAACCCUUCCCUUCUUCCUCCUGUGUCACCUACAGCCUGAUUCAUACCGUAUGUGUGAGAGGGGUUGGUAUUUUUACAGAUAUGUGUGGAAUGUUUCACACAUGCUAACCAAUGGCAAAAUAAAUAUGUGUUGAGGGUUAACACAUACAAACAGAA